GAGAACAGCAGCGACAACAAAGUAGGCGACCAAAAUUCACUUGCCAGGCAUAAGAAAAAAGGAACCGAAGGGUAUGACAUCGAAAUGGCUGGAUUUUUAAGAACCAGAAAACGUAGCCGCGAAGAUGAUCUGCCGUGCGAAUCGACGCCAUUGUCCAAACGUAUCAAUAAUCUGCAUUUAAACUACGAUGAUGGAAACAGCAGCAGCAGCAGCAACUGCAGUAUCCCGAAUCUAAUCAAUGACAACAACAAUUAUCUGUUAUUACCAACGAUUACUGGCGGCGGCUGUGGCAGUGGUCCUGCUGAAGUGGUUGGCGGGGUAUACGAGUACAAUCCUGAAUUGAAUGCGGAUCAAAAUCCGUAUUACUAUGAAAAGAACAAAAUGUUGUAUGACUUGCACGUUGAACGUGUCAAGCGCAGCAAUCAUUAGGUUUUUAAAGACACACUUAAUUUUGUACAUAUACAGAAGUGUAUGUGGAUAAAAUACGCUUUGCUCUAGAGUGAUAUAUAAAAAGAAAACAAAUCAAGAAACAAACAAAAAAAAUACAACAACAACUCAAGAAUAACUGUAGUACACACAAAAUGAAAAAGAAUUAAUCAAAACCGAUACAUAAAUCGCUUGCCUUAUCCAUUCGUUAACUAAAUAAGCAAUUGCAACGGUAGCUGAUAGUGCCAAUAGUUCAAGGAAAACCUCAGAUGGAUUAGUAAGCCAAUCUUCUAUCGUUAAUAAGUUUAACUCGUUCAUAACAGUUUAUACUAAACUAGAAAAGCAACGUUUGUUUUGUAAACUUCCAAACUUCUGCGAAUUGAGUCAACUUAAAUGUGUUCGAAAUAUGUAUGUAAAAUGAUAGACAUUAAUUAACGCGAUACAGCUGUAAAAAUAGACCACUAAAAAACCAUCAAAUGUAGCUAGUGAUUUUCAAAUAAUUACGUACAUAUAAACCAUAUAAGACUUUUCGAAUUUGCUCCUGCACAUGUGUAUAUCUGUUAACUAUGUUUAAUAGACGAUGCAAUUGUUCUGAAAUAAUAGAAUUAUGUGCCCGAGUGCUUAACUUCAAUAUAAUAUUUAUAUCUAUAAAAUUAUUUAACUAAGGUUACGUUAAAUAAGCCAUGUAUGAAGCAGC